AGUACAAUUUAUAAAGAAUCAAGAAUAAAACAAAGGACCUCCUUCCUGAGUGCAGCCAAGCUGGGUAGUCCAUUCCUGAAUCUGACCACGCCGGCGGGUGGUAGCAGCAACCCCUCGCCCACCGCCACACCUGUACCGCUUCCUGACGCCAAGGUGGCGGCCAAGCAGCUGGCCCAGAGCUUUCAGCUGUCCGCCAACUCCGCCUUCAAUCUCGCCCUGCCUCCGAGCUUCUAUCGCCACCAGCCGGCGCAGCAGCAGCAGCAGCACUCGGAGUGCUUGGACUACGGACACGAAACGCCGCCGGUGGACAUGGAUCUGAUCAAUCCGUAUAUGCGGCAUCACAGCUUCGCGGCGGCCGCCCAGGGAUCGCCCCCGUCGGCGGCCCAGCGCCACCAUUUGGCGGCGGCCAUGAGCAAUGGAUUCGCGGAUGUCCACGCCCAUGCGAUGGCGGCAGCGGAUUACCAGCAGCAGUUGGCCGACUACCACAGUGCAGCCGCUGCAGCGGCAGUUUAUGCAAAUAAUAAUAAUAAUAACAACAACAACAAUAGCAGUAACAACAACAACAGCAGUCCUCUGAUGCUGCUAAAGGCGGCACAUGGUGGUGGCCUUAAGGAUUCGGAUUCACCCUCGACCACACCUCCGCCCGCCUCCUCCAGACUCCAUUCGGACUCCUCUCCAUCGCCAAGGUACGAGCACAACUCCAGUCCCGGGGUGGACAGUGCCAAGUCGUAUGCCCUCAGUCAGAGGAGCAGUGGCGGGGAGGAUCCCUGCCAGAACAGCGAGUCCGCCAGCCCGCCGCCCCAGCCGUCGAGCGACUACAGUCCCGAGAACCUCUCCAGCCAGCGGGCCAAGUUCCAGCACCAUCACCACGGGGUCAACCCUCUGGCUCUGCACAAUCAUCAUCACUCCAGCGGUAAUGCCGCUCUCCACCACAACAACAACAAUGCCAUGGAUCACAAGCUACCACUCAGUUUCCUGGGUCCCCCGCUGGCCGCCCUUCACUCGAUGACCACGGAAAUGAAGAGUGUCCAGGGAGGAAGUAGCAGUGGGGGCGGAGGUUCCUCGCAAGCAGGAAAUGGACUCUCCUACGGCCAUAGUCCAAAUUCGCAUCUGAUCAGUGACCGGGGAUCGGGCGGUAGCUCCUCUUCGUCCUCCACCACGGCCACCACCACGAAUAGCCAGGGAGCCGCCAAUCCACAUGGCAUCGACACGAUCCUCUCCAAACCACCGCCGGUCACAUCGGCAGGACUAAGUGCUUUAACAGGAGCUGGCAUUCCCCGCUUCUCCAUCGCUGCUGCUGCGGCGGGCAUGGCCCAGUAUCUGUCGCAGAGCCAAGGGACGCCUCUGAAGACCCACGCGGGUCACAUCGUGGACCGCACGCACCUGUACUGGCCCGGACUGCAGGGACUGGUGGCCAAUCCGAUUGCGUGGCGCGAGCGGCUCUCCAACACGAUGUCGGCAAAUCUAUCGCAAUCCCAUCAGCACCAUCCAUCGAACGACAAGGAUGGUAAAAAGAAACACACCCGCCCAACAUUCAGUGGUCAGCAGAUCUUCGCCCUGGAGAAGACUUUCGAGCAAACCAAAUACCUGGCCGGACCAGAGCGUGCCAAGCUCGCUUAUGCCUUAGGAAUGUCCGAGUCGCAGGUUAAGGUCUGGUUCCAGAACCGUCGCACCAAAUGGCGCAAACGGCAUGCGGCGGAAAUGGCCACGGCCAAGAGGAAACAGGACGACAUGGGCGGCGACAACGACGGGGACUGCAGCGAGGCCAUGGACAGCGACAACGAGAGUCUCGAUAUGGGUGAGAAUCCCGCCCAGAGCAAGAGAUGUCGCAGCAACAGCUCCGGGUCGUCGCAGCAGCCGGAUAAUUAUCGUCAUUAAAACGAAUUUACAAACUAAGAGAACUCUUCGCAAUGAAAUGGAAUGGAAUACACUUAAAAUAAAUUUCAAAGCGCCAGCUAAUUAGCUAGACAGCUAGCUAGAGCAAAAAGCAAAAAAAGAAAAACAAAAGAAAAUAAUACAAAAAAGCAGCCACAAAAGCAUUCAGCAGCAGCAGCUAGAAAAAGCAAUUGCAGCUAAAGGUUUUUUGUUUUUGGGUUCGAGUUUCCAAGGUUUUGCCACUUUACCGUCUUCUGAAGACUUCAUUUUCUUCCCCUCUAAGCUAUGUAUCUUACUUAACCUUUUCCACUUUGUUUAUUAGGUGUGUAAAUAUUUAUGUUAAUUUAAAUUUAAAAAGUAGAAAACUACAGCAAAUAUAAAACUUAAUUGACGUCGCUAAUUGGUAAGAAGAUAAAGAAAAAAAAGUUAAGGCACAAGCACAAAAAUUAAACUGAAUUUAUUACAUAAUGUAUGUUUAGUUUUUAACUCCUAACUUUAAUGUAAUUUCGUGCAUUAGAACAGACCUUAGUUCAUACAACUAAAGAAUAAAUAUAAAUAUAUAAAAUAUUAACGAUUAACUACGCUAACUGAGAUUGCGCAACAAUAUUCACAAAUAUUGAGGAGGACGAUGGGCAGGCGACGAUUAACUAUGCCACUAAAAUAUAUGUAAAAUGUAUUUAAAUUAAAUUUUAAUUUUAAAUAUUUCGAAUUGAUGAAAAAUAAAAAGCAAAG